GGUUGGACAGCAGGCCGCAAAGCAUGAUGGAUAUUGAGCGCUCAAUUAUGCGAACGCUCCAUUUGACGUUUUGACUGUCGUGAUGUGAAGAGCUCUGCGAGUAUAGGAAAAAUGGAUGCUUUCGAAAGACAGGAUUUUCAAGCUGCGAUAGUGCAAAAUACUAUGAUGUAUAUGUAUUGUUGCGAUCCGCAUUACGACUUAUCUUUUACUGUACCGAGUUUACCGUUUUUUAAGCUGCAUGGGCUUUGCUGCCAUUUCGCCUUUCAUAAUACUCCGUCUGAAAGAAGACUUUGUAUUAUACCAAACACCGAAGCACUGCUUUCGAAGUUGAAUGGCCUUAAAUCUCCUUGUGUCAUCAACGUUAAAGCAAGUACUACAUUUGAGUUUGGUACUAUCCCUGAUGAAUUUAUUCAUUGUAAAGCGGAGAGAAUGCUUUUAAUUUGGGAUUUUGAUGUGGAUCGUGUAUUGACAGAAAAUACGAGCGCUGUGGAUGCGGUUACUCCUGAUUUUGAUGACAUCGAAGAAACUCCGUUGCUUAAUAUCAACGCAGUAAGUUGCAAUUGUUCAAACUUUUAUCCCACUCAGAAAGUACUUCUACCUCCUUUAGAUAACACAUCUGAAUCAGGGAGCUCUCAAGCCUCUCAAGAACCAAGUGAAAGUAACGAAAACGAUUUUGGUCAUGAAAGAACAGAAAAUAGAGACAUUGAUGAUCAUCAUUGGUUCUCUGAUGAAUCUGAAGAAAGAGAUCUACUUGAGCAUUUAGCUGAACUAGAAAAUGCUGGAGAGGAGAAUGGGGAUGAACAAAGUAAAAGAAAUGAAACUGUCAAUGAGCAAAUUAGUAAUGAGGACAGUGAAGAAGAUGAAAGUGAAGAAGUUGAAAGUGAUGAGGAAGAAAUCACUCAUGCUCUACCAUUCAAGUGCAUUGGAGCUGCUCAUGAACAAAGUUACCAACAUCAUCUGGAACAGGCAUAUCUUGCCCUUGAAUAUAAUGAAUCAGUAAAUGUUCGACUAAGACCAGAGCCGGAGAAUCCUCGGGACCAAAAUGCAAUUGCUAUUGAUCUUCAUUAUGGAACUCAAUGGGAAAAUGUUGGAUAUAUAGCUUCUGAACAUUGCAAGUAUUUACAUCCACUGAUUGCAGCAGGAGAUAUACUAGACGUCUAUGUUGAACACAUCAAGUUUCGGGUUAACUUUUUAAAAAUAGGAUUUUAUCCAAAAAUCUGGAUAAAGAGGCGUGGUGAAUGGGAAGGUCAGAUUGUAAGGGCUAGUAUGAGUGUACGUUGACAUAUAAUUUCAUAAGAACCAGGGUUUGCAAGUUGUGAAUUUCUGCAAUUAUUUCCAUUGGCUAACCUAUGUAGAUUUUUCCAGCAUUUUUGCCAUCAACUUGUUUUUUGUCUGGU